CGUUUAUGUUAUUUUUUGUAACGCCGAUCUUAAUUAGUUGCCGCAUUGCGAUUUUUCAUUUCAUAGCGUAAGGUUUAAGUUCUCCACAAUGAACGCAGUUUUCAUUUUCCUAAUAUGUCUGGCAUGUUUCUUUGGAGCGUGUCUUGCGUUUCCAAAUCCGUGCCAAAUGGAAACUAAUUGCGGACAGGUGGAUGAGACAAGUGCCAUUUGCGGAUUAGAUGAGGAAAGGGGUUGUAUUCGAAAGUUUCCAUCCAAGUGCCAUUUGGAAAAGGCAGUUUGCGUUGAAGGAAGAAAUUUCACCGACUUUAGUGAGGAAUACUGCUCAAUGGAAUCGUAUCUCUGUGAGAUUUCACUAACAUACGAACGCUGGUCCAUUUUCUUUGGACAUGAAUUUUCGUCAUAAAUUCAAGUGCGAAAUACUUAUUCUAUUUAAUUUUCUAUGAAAUUAGUUCCACAUGAUCGAAAUGUUUUGGUUUAAUUUCAACCACGUGCAAAAACAUAUAAAUUAGAGACAUUGUACGUAUACAAAUAUUAGUAUACAUUCUGCAAGCCAAACGACUAAAGUGUCCGCCCAGCGAACUUUGGACUCUAUUCUUUGGCGACGAGAAAGACUGAGUGACGACUUGUCUAAUCGCCGGCGACAAA